GGCACUACUCACAGGUCUCGUCGACCGCUAGCGUCCUGAGACGCACACUUUCCACUUUCCUUUUGGUGAGAUGGCAGUAACACUGCGGGACGUGGCCAUGCUGACCGGGCUGCCAAUCAGGGGUGCCCCGUUAAUAGUUUCACGACCCGCAAGGAAGCAGUGGAAGGGUUAUGUUGCAGAUAGGUUUGGUGUGCAAUACGACGGGAAGGAUGCUGGCCUCUCCAUGUCCUGGGUUCAUGGGCUGACACAGUUCGGUCCAUGCCCACUGGAUGCGGACGAGAAUACACUUAUGCAACACUAUGAGGUGUACUUAUACGUUCUGCUCGGAGGCAUCAUGUUCUGCAACACGGCAGGCAAUUAUGUCGUCCCACAUAUUGUAUGGUUAGCAGCCCACCUCGCGUCACAUCCUUAUGAGCCUACAUCUUACAGUUGGGGAUCUACAGUGUUGGCUGCAACCUACAGAGGAUUGUGUGAUGCAACCCAGCGAACAAAGAGGAAGGCAACCAUUAUAGGGUGGAGCUCAAAGGGGGGCGGAGGCACGCAGGACUGGGCAUCCAAGAAUGCCGAGUACAUACGGAGGUGGACAGAAUCAGCUGCGGUGGAUGUCAUCAUUACUGCUAGACAAUACGACGAGGCCACGUACUAG